AUAUAACGACGAAGAGGUCAGAGACAUUCCACUAUAUAUAUUUCUAAGAGGUCGUAUGCAUUCAUAUCUGUUAAGUUUCUCUCUCUCUCUCUCUCUUCCACUUCAUGCACGUAGAGUGAGAGUGACUACCAGAUUCUUCAAUGGCUUCCACGAAACGCGAACUACCCAAAGCAGAAAGCGGUGAACCUGAAACCAAGAAGACAAAGUUCGACAAAACGGAGUCGAAAGCGAAGACGGUCGUCGAGCUUAACCCUGCUGAUUGCGAUUUAGAUUUCAAUGUCGAAGGCAAUGGUCUACAAGGUUCUGCACUUCAUGAGCAAGGUUUUGCUUAUUGCUGGUCUGGUGCUCGUGCCAAUGUGGGAAUAACUGGGGGGAAGUAUUGUUUUGGUUGCAAAAUCAUUUUAGCCCAGCCAGUUGUAAUGGAAGACACUAAUCUUGACCAGCAGCAUGUGUGUCGUCUUGGCAUCUCGAGAGGGGAUGAUUCAGUGGGAAACCUUGGGGAGACUCCGCACAGCUUUGGGUUCGGUGGCACUGGAAAAUUUUCUAAGGCAGGGAAGUUCUCUGAUUAUGGUGAGAAAUAUGGGGUUGGCGAUACAAUUGUCUGUGCUGUAAAUCUAGAAAAUAAACCAUUGGCUUCCAUUGGUUUUUCAAAGAAUGGGAAAUGGUUGGGUACUGCAAUUCAUUUUAAUGCAGGGCCGAGGGGUCUUGGGGUAGUGGACUCUCCAACAAGAAAGCUACAAUGGGAAUCAGCACUGUUUCCCCAUGUUCUGUUGAAAAAUGUUGUAGUCCAGGUUCAAUUUAGCAUUGAAGAUGGACUGGUUCCUGAACAAGGUUACAAACCUUGGGCUUCUGCUAUUGACGAUGGAAAUGCAAUAAUGGGACCCACCUUUUCUAAUCAAAGGGAUUGUGAAGUGAUGAUGAUGGUUGGUUUACCUGCUUCUGGCAAGACAACUUGGGCAGAGAAAUGGGUGAAGGAUCACCCUGAGAAAAGAUAUGUAUUGCUUGGAACAAACCUAGCUCUGGAUCAAAUGAAGGUACCUGGUCUUCUGCGUAAGCAAAAUUAUGGUGAAAGAUUUGAUCGCUUGAUGGACCGUGCAACUGGGAUUUUUAAUACCUUAUUAUUAAGGGCUUCCAAGACAAGUCGUAAUUACAUCCUUGAUCAGACAAAUGUCUACAAGAGUGCUCGGAAACGUAAACUGAGGCCUUUUGCAAACUAUAGGAAGAUUGCCGUUGUGGUAUUUCCAAAACCAGAGGAGCUCACGGCUCGUUCAGAGAAAAGAUUCAAAGAAAUGGGAAAGGAGGUUCCGGCUGAAGCAGUAAAUGAAAUGUUAGCCAAUUUUGCUUUGCCUGUGAGCAAGGACAUGGCUGGUGCAGAUGAGUAUUUUGAUCAAGUUAUGUUUCCAGAACACAGCAGAGUAGAAAUACAAAAAUAUUUGUAUGAGAUGAAGCGCUCCCUAGAAUCCACAAGGAACUCAAUGAACAACACUUCACCUUAUUCGCGUGAAAGUUCUGUUCAGUCAUAUGGUACUUCUGUUCAGUCAUAUGGUACACGUGCAACAACUACACCUUAUUCUGGUGGAAACCCUAUCCAGUCAUAUUGUGGCACUUCAAUACAUAAUCAAGGAACAGUACCAGUUGCUGGUGGACAUUGUCAAAGUUCUCAUCCACCCCAGCCUCCGUUGAACUAUGGUUACCAAAGUCCUUGGCAGGCGAGCUCUGCAUAUUUGGGAGCUGAACCACUUGGAAGAACAGAAUCAUUUUCUUCCAAUCAAAGUCCUGCAUUGAGAGACGUUCCUUUUGGAAACUACUCAAGCACUGGUGGUUCUCUUCAUAGAGGUGACUUCAAAGGGUAUGGGAGUUACGAUGCAUAUGGUCACAUGAGAAAUGACAAUGCAAGUAGUAUUGCCAUUCCUGGGGGUGCUACUGACUCUUAUGGUACCUAUGGAGCGGGUGAUCUCUAUAACCAUCCCAGCGCUCACAUGAGAAAUGACAAUGCAAGUAGAAUUGCCAUUCCUGGGGGUGCUACUGACUCUUAUGGUACCUAUGGAGCGGGUGAUCUCUAUAACCAUCCCAGCGCUCAGAAUAGGAAUUUUAUUCCCGGGGGUGCAACUACAGGAGCUACCUAUGGAGAGAGUGCUCUCUAUAACCAGGGUUCUUACCAGGGUGGUUCACUCUCUUACAACUCUCAUGGUGGACAUAGUGGCUCGGGAAGCCCCCUAGUUAAUCUGCAAUCUCCAAGACAACAGACAUUUCUGCAGCCACCUCCAAUUACAUAUGAUUCGCAAUAUGCAUCUCCGGUUCCAAGGCCUCCAACUGGAAAUAUUCCGACUUACACACAGUAUUCUGGAGGUUAUGGUCCGCCUCGUCCAUACUGAUGGCUGUUAGAAUGUUGUCGGCUGGUUGUGAAAACUGCAAGGGAGAGCUCUUGGUUUCAUGAUGUCUAUGGUAUAAAGUAUAAUGGGAACAGCUAUAGUUCUAGGAAUCAAAAGGUGGAAAAAGACUCAACUGACUGAAACUUUUUCAAGCAUUAGCUAGAAUCCAAGGCCCUUUGUCAUGACUAAUAUUACUGGUUUGUUUUCUUUUGUGGACAUACUACAUCUAUAAAGCAAUAUAAGUUUCCACUUUAA